AUGGGGGUUUGUCUGGGUCCCUUCCUUCCCCAAAUCCCCAGCGUCUCUGUCAUCCAAAAGUGCAGGUAUCAUCCCCAGCCUCUUCUUUCCUUCCGUAUUGCAUCCUGUGGAUCGCACCUUACCUUAUGUACAAAAUGGAUCCACGAUCUCCAUCGAAACCUUCUUGCCGAGACCUCCGCAUUGCAUCAUCGUUUCGUACCCGUUGUCAUCCGUCCUAACGGUUCCUUUGUUGGGCUUACCCAACAUACGGCAUCCCACAGCCGCCUGGGCGAAAGGGGGGGAAAACUCCAAGCGAUGCAAUCUCUUGUGCCGGUCCUUUCUUUUGUUUAUCAUACGUUGGUCGUUGAACCUCAUAUUACACACGUCCCCUCAUCCGUGACUUGGCCAUGCCUCGAGUGUCUGUUCACUCGUCUGUUCUCAUCCUCCGUGCACCACACGAAAAAACGUCUGAACCCAGUCCCAAAACCCACGAGGUUAUCUCGCUUGGCCUUUCCCAGUCCCUCGGUCGAAGCGGCCGCGCUACAGAGUCUUGCCGUGGACCGGGUUCCGCUGUCAGCUAGAGAGGGUAGUACAAACAUAAAACAGCCGACGCAACUUUUGCACGAAGCGUCUCCGUUCAAGGUCCUUUCAGAGGGGCCGCCGCCUCUCGGACUGAAGAAGUUCGCUUGGCAACAACACCGGCAACAACAUGAUGUUGCGCCGAGAAACAAAAACAGUGCGUCGUGA